CUCUCGUGCGGGAAAGUAGACGCCGCUGUGUCCUUACCGUAUAACGACACUGUCGGCCCCACAGUACAGUGCCAAGGCACAAGUGUUCGUUGGUUUAACGCAUCGGGCACAGAGCAAACACGGGGAUUUUCCGUGCGAGAACGAGAUACGCGUAUAUACAUCAGUGUGUGUAAGUGUGUGUGAACGAAGCGAAUCAAAGUAAGUUCUCCUCCCUGUGGACGCGCGCGCGUAUUUGUUCGCGAGUGUGUGUGUGUGUGAGUGUGUGAUGAAAAGAAAAAGUGCGCAAAGUGGCGCAAAGGAAGAAACGUGCUAAGCCGUGCAAUGAUGUGUGAACAAUAAUAACGACGAUCGGGCAAAUUGUUGUUCGCGUACGCGCGACAGUGUCAGCAGGCAAAUCUUUCUGUACGCAAGCAAGCAAGCGAAUAAAAAAAAAGAUCGUGAAAAAAUAUCUUAAGAAUCGUUUGUGUGUGAGUGUGUGUGUGUGUGUGAGCUAAAACGUGUGUAAUGUGCUACCGUGGUGCGUACCAUCCCCAUCUUGUACCAUCGCCACAAAUUGCUCUGCCAACCGAAAGUAGUAAGUGUGUUUAACAGUGUGAAAGUCUGGGUGGUGAUGGAGGUGAAGGAGCCAGUGGUGAAAAUAAAAAUCACCAGUAGAAGCAGCUAAUGGAGCAGAAGCAUCAGCAGCAUACCGACAGCAUGCGGUUGCCCGGCGACGAGAGCCGAGCCGUUGAAAAGUGGGAAGUAAAUUAAAUCAAAUUCUUAAGAAAUAUAAUAAUAAUCAUCGGCGUCAUCGUACAUGCGUUCCCCAAUACGUGAAGCGUGUCUAUAUGUGUGAGUCGGUGUGUAUGUGUGUGCGCAUGUAUAAAUGUGUCUAUGUGAUUGUGUUAAAAUACCAAACCAGCGUAGGUAACACGGUGCAAGUGGUACACGGCCUGUCCGCCUCAUGGAAGUGAAAGCCAGCACCGAGUUUCGGGUGAAAAUUAGUUGAAAGUGAAGAAAUGAAAUUUUGCCAUCAAUCAAGCCAUCACCUAGAACGAACGUACGCGAUCGUCGGUGUCCUGUGCCUGGAGUGAAAUAGCCGGCUAACUAACGUCACCGUACGGAAAGGACGUAUGGACGCUAACGGACGCUUCUCCGAAUUUCUCCGCCUAAACGAGAUCUACUUUUAAAAUUCCUGUACACGGCUCGACGUGGUCUACGCUUCCUGGAUGGUUUAACAUCCUACCUUUCGGAAGGCCGGGUUUGUAGUUGCUGCAAACCUCUCCCUACAAAACUGGGUCCUGGAAAACUGUGCCGCCACCUAUAUAAAGCACUUUUUUCGAGAAACCAUUAGGGAACCCGGGUGCGUACUACCACCAGCAACCAGCGGACACGGGUAGCAAAUGCGUCGGCAAACCAACCGAACGCUGCUCGGUUAGCAGCGUGGAAAGCAAACAGAACCUAGAACCCAAUUUUAUAUCCCGACAAAUGCCGGCCCUCGCCCGCUGUACCCAGUGGGGCGCACUCUCUUAGUAAAUAAUUACAUUUACUCGUUAAAGCUGCUUUCACCUGAAUUUGUCCCUGGAUGGGGAUGGAAUGUUGGGGUUCUUAGAAGGAGCUAGACCGUGCGGCAGCAGCUGGACCAGGUAACUAGCGAAAAUGAAGAUUCGAUGUUCUUUCGGUGCUGCAAGAUCUUGCGGGAUUAGACAAAAUUAGGAGCAAAAAGAAAAAGAAUCGCGCCACUGUCCAGAACGAGUACCCAGCUCUUCCCAGCUAUUGUGAGCUAAAAAUUGGCAAGAUUCGCUUUAUCGAAUCAUAGCAAUUCUGAGCAAGCGUGACCAUUUCGAUCUACCAAGUAACGCAGGACCGCCGGCGGCCAAUCCGGAAACAGGAGCACGGAGAACCCGCACACACAGACACCGCUUUUAAUGCAAGGAAGGAAGCGUUUAGCAAAAGUGGAAAUUGAGCAAUUUCGAAAGAAUUUGUUUGUGGAGUGUGGUGGUGGCGGCGAGCGAGAGCGCAACGAUGAGUGUCCAUGGCUGUAUGAGUAUUUUCCUGUUCGGUGCCAACGUAUUAGCAGGUCUACUAGUGACGGCUCUCGCCAGUGAGCUUGGAUCCAGCUCGACCGCGCUGCUCCACAAACUGCCGAUCGCGCUUCCCACCACCGAAACACCACCGCACGGUGCACCACGACCGCUGCCACCUCGCCGGGGGAUACCGUACGAUGAGGGUGGUCCGGGUCCCGGGGACAUCGGUGCCGACAGUAAUGCGUUCGUUGCGGCCGACAUUAUCAACCUCGACCGGGACGGUGCGGUUAGCUUCAUUCCGCGCCGGGACCUGCGGUAUCAGCGGGCCGUACCGCCCGAGUAUGCCGGUGCGUCCGCGCUGCCACACUGCGAAACGUUCACGAUGGGCGAUCCGGACUCGAAAACGCUGUACAAUCCGGGCUGGCCAGGGAACUACCCGAACAACAGUGACUGUGUGGUGGUGCUGGAGGCACCGGUCGGGUUUCUGGUGCGGCUUGACUUCCGGGACCACUUUCACAUCGAACCGUCGGAAGAGUGCAAGUACGACUUUCUCGAGAUCCGUGAUGGAGCGCACGGGUUUUCGACGCUGAUCGGCAAGUACUGUGGUCAGACGUACCCGCCGAUGAUCACCUCGAAGGAACGGUUUCUGUGGUUACACUUCCACUCGGACGAGAACAUCGAGUACAAUGGGUUCGUCGUGGUGUAUGAUUACGUGCCGCGACCGACCUCGUCCAUCUACGAUGACGAAAGCUGCCGGAUGGAGGUGUCCGGUAUGGAGGGGUUCGUCAACCGGACGGAUGUGCCGCGCGAAAAGCAGCAAACCGUGAUCGAGCACGGCCUGUCGCUCGACUGCAUGUGGGUCGUCACGGUGGCGGAUGGGUGGAAGAUUCAACUGUCCUUCCUGAAGUUCAAGCUGGAACGACCAAACGAUUGCGAAAGCAACUUCGUCGAUGUGUUCACCGAGCGGACGGAUUUACCGUCGAGACUGAAAAACUUUUGCGGCUCCAUCGCGGACUCGGUCGUAUCGCGCUCGAACGUCCUGCACAUCCGCUUCUUUGCGGAAGCGGCCGCCAUUAAUUCCACCUUCUCCAUCCUUUUCACUGCAUUUAGGGAGAAGGCGGCCGGCGAAACCUGCGACGACACGGAGUAUGACUGUGAGGACGCGACCUGUAUUUCCGGUGAGCUGCGAUGCAACGGGCGCAUCAAUUGUCGGUUCCGGUGGGACGAGGAUGAGUGUCAGAAACAAGCGGCCGCCCAAUCGGAACACGUCAUCAUCAUCGUGAUUGUCUUCGGGCUCAUUCUCGGCGGCAUGAUACUGCUGUUUCUGUUCAACUGCAGCCGAAAGAUUAUACGCGACCACAAGAUUAUCCGCGAGCACAUCCGGCAGUCACGGGAAAGCAAGCUGAACGAGCUCGGACGUCAUUCAACGAAAAAGCUGGUCGAUCUGGACAUUACCAAGCUGCCGCCGCCCGCCUUCGACAAGGAUCCAAUCAAUGUGCUCGAGAGCAGCAGUACGACCAACGUGAACAAUGGACAAUAUUAUCGUGACAUGGGCAUCGGGAGCGUGGGGGGAGGCAGUGCCGGCAGCGGGGGAGGACCUGCUGGACCACACAUGUUUAGCAGCCGGAUAGACAUUAAGGCGGACCCGCAGGAUGUACUGCGGGGCAGUUAUCAUGAGGAUCCGCUUUCGCGGUCCGGUACGCUUGGGCGCGAUGGCGGCGGCAUGUGCGAUAUGGCGUGUCAGACGAGGGAAUCGCUCUUCCAGCCGGUGUUUAAAAAUAAGGUCAAUCAAUCGCCCAACCAGCUCCAGAACAGCAUACGUUUCUCGACGUUCGGGUACGAAACGCAACAGCAGCAGGAGCAGCAACAACUGCCCGCCGUCACACCGCCACCGCCGCGGGUGAAACAUCAUCAUCAUCACCAUCACCAUCAUCACGCCGGCACCGGUACGCUCGAAGGCACCAAAAGCUCCAAGGUGAACCGCAUCGAGCUGGAGGACCUAUCGCCGCCCGGGUCGGGCGGAUACGAUGAUCCGCGUGGGGACGAGAUGCAGCAACAGCUGCAACAACAUGGCCCACCCGGUCAGCACGGUCACUCACACAGCCACACGCACACGCACCAGCAUCAUCAUCCCCAUACGCUGCAAAAGAUCGCGCACGAGCGCAACUUGACUGAGACCGGUGUUGGUCCCGGUGCGGGACGACCUGGUGGUGGUGGUGGUGGCGCUGGUGGAGCUGGUGGUGGAUCCUAUGGUGCCGAUAUCCGGAAGUCGGCACCGGACGUCAUCAUCAUGACCUCCUCCCAUUGACCCGCGGAGUCGGGGACGAUGGUUAGCUAAAUUGGGUUAGAAUAUUGUUUUUGUCGGGGAUUUCUUGGGGAGAGAGAGAGAGAGAGAAGGAAGCGUUUUGUUUCCACCUGUCGUAUGCCCGCGGUGGAAUACGUGAGGUGGUCUUGGAAGGUAUCGGUUAUUGCGCCAUAAAGUGCUCUUCUUAGUUAGUUGUUUUAAUUGAACUACUUGUGGACGACUAUCACUGGUGGCGGCGACGAGUGACGUGGGAUUGUCUCGCGUUACGUUCUUUCAUUUGUUUUUAUUGAGAUUAGGAAAAUCGAUCCUCAGAUAAGUUGAGCUUAGGUUAAGCAAAUCUUCCGUGUAAUCGAUAUCGUUUCUUUCAGUACUACUUUAGAACACGCCCCAGUCUCACAGCCACAGACAGCGGUUCAAGUGUUCGCAAGUUUGCAGUAGGAUAGGGUAAAUGUUAGAAUUAUAAUCACACGACGGUGACUGUCGUCCGCUGAUAGCAGGGAGCUGGAGACGGGAAGAUAGGAAGAAGACAGUUUUGGUGAUGUCCUAUGCGCUCCACGUACUAACACAACAUUCAAACAUUGCACCGUACUGGGUUUCAAGUGCAUACACUCACACAGACACACACUUACAUGGGCAUGUAAGGAUCGAAGAGGAUCUCUUUCGGACGCAGGUACCAAUCAUAGGCCGAAGAAUUAGCUAAUGGUUAACUCGAUCGAUAAUCGAUUGGAACACAUUAAGUUAGGACGUAUCGGGAGUAUUUGUAGAUCCGUGGUGUUGUUUAAUGGUGAACGGCUGGCAGCACCAGCCUUGGAAUGGACCGAAGGACCGAAAGACACGCGUUACGCAGCUAGAUACCAUUUUGUACAUAUAUUGUCAAUCAUUGUCGCGUUAGUAGACACCUUCCGUUUGCGCUAUCGAAUUCGUUACGAUUCUUGGCAUUAAACCUUAGUAGAAUUUUAUUUAAAAAAUUGGUUCGAAAUACGAUUGUUAUAGAAGAUUUGAAAUUAUCUCGCAUCCAGCAUGUACUGGGACGGAGAGAAAUUCUUUGUUCACGGAAGCCUUGAAGCAUUAGAGACACCACAAUUGUUGGAACUGCUUUGGAACAGUUUGUUUACUUACUUUAAGUUUGAUAUCUUGUAAAUGUGUUGCUGGUUGAUUAGUGAUUUAAUAAGCAUUCAAAGAGGCAUCCGUUUACCAAAUCUCACCAGCAAUCUUUGUUACCAGCAUGACUGUAAUAUUUGAGUUAAUUUGAUUAAUGUUCUGUCCUUUUCCCCCAAGUCAAAACUAAACAUUAACGUGUACGGUUGGAACCAAGUGCAAUGGACCAAUCGUUGUAAUUGUACCAGAAACGAAUGACAAACAAACAAGCAACAGGAAAGCGAAAAAUCCUACACCUAGUGUAUUUUGUACAGCAAACCUCUCACUGUCAUACGAUUUGUUACCUUAACUCAAUUGUACUAUACGGAUACACCAUAGAGUCUAGAUCAUCAGCACAUCAAACAUUUUACAAGCGACUUGCAUAGCGAUGCACCCAAACAAGCAAACGAAGAAAACAAAUGACCACUGAGCAGGAGAGCGAAAAUUCACUCCUAACAGACCAGGUACAGGAAACUUACAGGAAGUGCUACACUUUGCGUUUUCUUCCACCUAAACAACCAUCCCUUCACACUUUUAUAAUCAACCUUACCCGAACAGAUCGCGUUUUCGUAGCAUUCGGUGUAAUAAAUUUUCCUAUCACACCUGAGCACCAAACCAGGAACAAAGCGCCUGUUUCACGUCGUUGUAGCAUGUUACAUGAACCACAUGAACCAAACCAUUCGCAUACCCUUAGGAAAGAAACAAGCUAGGAAAAAACAAGCUAGAAAUGAACAGUUAUCGUUUUAAUUUCAUUCACUCAAAAAAUCACAUCAUCGAUGGAACUAACGCUCAGCCAAAACACAUGUAAAAAGAAACCACCGGUGGGAGAAAUUGUAAAGUUUGAAUUCAUGAUUUAAUAAUAAAAAAGCAUGAAAAAAGAAACAAUGGGUGAAACAAGAUGCGGAUGUUUAUGAA